AUGGACAUCGCCUCCCGCUUCCAGCCAGGCCGACAACGUGCUCCGGCUUACUUGGAUCGUAAUGGCAACGCGGCUGAAGAUUCAGGCACAGAAUCCGAGUCCUUCAUCCGCCGCAAGUUUCAGCGCACCAAUGCUGAGGCCACCAACCCGAACGACAACACAUUCCGCAAGCCGUCAAUACCGGCUUCUGCUUCGAGACCGCAGCAGGCAGAACAACGCACUAGUUUCAGUCACAAUCGAAGACGGAGCACGGCACUGCGGGAGAAUGUGAGGGUGCCUAGUGGACCGAGGGAGUUUCCUAGUCCUCACAAGCGAGUGGCGAGUGGAAGCAUACACUCCAUCACACCUUCCAUGUCCGAAGCCACGAACACAUCCCGUACUUUCCUCCCACAGAGCGCUACCGAACCGAACUUCAGCAAGAUCGCAGACGCACCUCGCUUCAGCUUCGCGAAUCGUUCCUCCACCGACGUCAACGACCCUCCCUUGACGCCUGCCGGCCAGGCAAGCAACGACCUGGACUUCAUCCCUACUGUCAACUUUGACGACCUACAGAACUCUAUUGCUAAUUAUGACGGGGAUGGUCCGCUGCUGAGCGACUUUCCUGAGGUUGGUGGGAGGCCUUCGACGAAGCCAAAGUCUGGCAAUAUGCUACGGGAUGCGAGUCUGAAUGCUAGCAGGCCGCCUGUGCCUAAGCUGGAGCCAAGAGCAGAGCACGGUAUGAGCAGGAGUCAGAGUAUACGGCGGCGACUGAGUGCAGUGACUGGUGGGAAGCCGAACAACACACCGAACAUCACGAGUGACUCUCGUGAUGGGAACGCCUCGCAAGCUAGCAACCUGUCUUUACGCCCCAGACGCCAGAGUACAGCUCCACAGGGCCCCCCACCUGCUGAACCUGCUCCGCCCCCGCUUGGAGUAAGCUCGCGGCAGCCUCGAAAAUCGCUUGGUCCCGGUGUUAUCGCAUCGAUGAUGGAAGGAAGAAAGGCGAGCCAACCAUUACCGAGCAGCGGCACAGAUCCAGCUCUGAAGUCUGCCCUUGCACGAUCUGGAAGCUUGACCAAGGCACAACGACGGACGACGAUGCAACCUUCCGCUUCUGGCGGUGCUGAACUGCCACGUGUGGCGACAUUCUCGGCGACCACGCAAUCUCGCGCGAACAAAGUGAAGAGCUUGGGACCUCCAGCACGUGAGCCUCAAGAGCCUAACACUCCUAACGGCAAAACGACAACGCGAAGUGGGCAGAACAGAGCACACACUCCGUCUUCAUCGGGCAACAACAAGCGCCAGUCGACCAUGUCUGGACGAGCUUCCGGACUUGGUGCACGAACGAUAAGCCCAACUGACGCUCGUCGUCUGAAGAGGCUAUCAAUGAUGCAGGCGCCACCGUUGCCCAGCAACCCAUCGACUACCAGCAUACCCAAAAUGCCGACGCAAGCACAGGAAGAGCAGUCGGUCAAGGUUGAGGUUCCACGCGUUGCGCAGCCCAGCCCGAGCUUCAUACCACAACCGCGAAGAUCGAGCAACGCUACUCCUAGCUCCGCGCGUGACUCUCCUGGUCCGGAGAACAGAAACAGUCAGCAGUACGGUGGUGUUCAGCUGAGUGCAAGAUCCAGCUUUUCGUCGCUCGUGAACUCGGGGUCAACAUCUCGCCUGCCAACAUCAAGGCCAAGGAGUGUGCACUCCAGCACAGCUCAGUAUGGUGAGGUCGAAGAGGUGGUGCCGCCUGUACCUGCUAUACCGAAAGCAUUCGAGAGCCCAAGGGAUGCAGACCAUGCACCCUUCUUCUCUGGGGUAGGCAAAUCUCUGCAGAAUGGAAGCGAUCCGGUGGCAGCAGAUACUGAGGCGGAAAAGACAUCGAGCCACAGACUGUCCAAGUUGAGCUGCGAAAAGCCAUCGGAACCGAAGGCAAGGGCUUCCUUAGAGCGCCCACGGCCGCACUAUCGCAUGAACACAAUCGACAACAUCGAGCGGAGCAUCACUUUGACUGCGGCGAAGCCGCAGCGGUCACAGAAUAACAAUCUCCAACCGCUACGUCUGCCCCCACUGAACUUGAUGCCUAUCAACCACCGAGAUGCCAACCGAAGCAAUUCCUUCCCGCGACCUAGUCAAGAAGUCGAGGUGCGAGAGCACCCGUCUAUUGCGCAAACGCCAGAACCGAGGCGUAUUGCAAAGACACCUUCGACUCCAAUGACCGCGAGCAAAGCCACUUUCUCAGGCCGUCAAUAUGAGGACUUUGCGAAGCAAAAGAACAUGCGAAGCUCAUCAUCACACUAUGCUCUGCGUGACCUAAUGCAGUUGGAUGAUGAUACGACCAAGUUCCUCGACGAUUCUGAUGCCGAAUUCAUGGGCGUUCCGAUCCCAAGCACCAAGCAGCGAAGUGCGAUCACACCAUUCUCGUCUGGAUCGCUGCCAAAAGCGUCGGGUGAAUUUACGCGACAGCGGAGUCGGCCGAGCGGUGAAUACACUGGUGAAUACUCGAUGACCAACUUUGAGGAAUUCCAACAACAAAGCAUGAAGCCGCAAGGACCGAGACCCAGCAGGAGUGGGACGAUCAAUACUAUUGCUUCCUACAAGACUGCGGAGACCUCGUCUAAUCAUAGCCCAGUGGAACCAGCCGGACAGCCAGAGGGGAAGAAAGAAAGCAGUGGUCUGCGGAGGAAGCUUUCGCUUGGCUGGCGCCGAAGCAGCAGCAAGUCUAACAUCCAGACCGACAACAAGUCUAGCCCGCGAGGCGACGGAUCUUUCACGUCGGACCACGAUAAGGCUACUCUGCAGAAGCUUGCAAGCCAAAUGCUACCGCCCAAGCUCCCAGCAAGUGCCACGUGGACUGGCGACAUACCAAGUAUACCUCCUCCAAGCGCCAGGCCAAGCUUUGAUUCAAUACGGCGAAAGUCUACUGCGCCCUCAAUCACCACCUUGUCUACAACCAAUGGCGGUACCGAUCAGAACCACACCAUGCCGGCCAUAAAGACGAGGAGCAUGCAUUCGGAGCAGCCACAACCAGUGAACGGAUCGAACCGUGCGACUAGUUGGAGCACGACAAAUCCCGCGCGGCCACCGACCAAAGCGCCUCCCAAUCUGGUCAAGUCACGCCAAGCGACAGCAACUCCCAUCAUAUCAGCCAUCAUCAAGGACAAGGACGAUCUGGCUGCCGAUGAUGAGAUGAAACGCCUUUCACAGAAAAGGAAAGAUGUGGACACUGCGGCCAAGGACAGCGAGGAGCUCAAGCGAAGAGCUAUUGCACGGUCUCCAAAGAGUCCCGAGAAUGUGCUACACGAUCGUACAGCAGCAUUGAACAUCUUCGAGCGUGGCGAGAUCAUGGACUACGAGAACCAAGGGGUCUAUUUCACAGGCACCAAGAAUGCGCGCAAGAUCAUUGGAAGCCUGACACCAUCACCACAACCUGGGGACAAGGAUCCAAAGGCCGGCAAUUAUGGCUACGACGAUGAGCGUGGUGACUAUAACAUCGUGCUCGGCGACCAUCUAGCAUACCGCUACGAAGUCGUCGACGUGCUCGGAAAAGGCAGUUUUGGUCAAGUUGUGCGAUGUGUCGACCACAAAGAUGGCGGCAUUGUUGCUGUCAAGAUCAUACGAAACAAGAAACGAUUCCAUCAACAGGCAUUGGUCGAGGUCGGCAUCUUGGGCAGGCUUAGGGAAUGGGAUCCUGAUCAGACGCACGCCACGCUUUCGAUCACCUCAUCUUUCUACUUCCGCUCGCACCUGUGCAUUGUCACGCCUUGCCUGAGCAUCAACCUCUACGAGCUGAUCCGGGCCCAUAACUUUGUUGGCUUCACGCUACCGCUCAUCCGCCGCUUUGCACGACAACUCCUGUCAUGUCUGGUUCUCCUACAAAACAAGCACAUCAUCCACUGUGAUCUGAAGCCGGAGAACAUCUUGCUCUGUGAAGCUCGCAAAGCAGACGUCCGGGUCAUUGAUUUUGGCAGCAGCUGCAAGGAGUCUGAAAAGGUGUAUACGUACAUCCAGUCACGUUUCUACCGUAGUCCGGAGGUUAUCCUUGGCAGCAGCUAUGGCCUGGGCAUCGACAUGUGGUCCCUGGGCUGCAUCCUUGCGGAGCUCUGGACUGGCUACCCGCUGUUUCCUGGUGAGAACGAACAAGAACAGCUCGCCUGUAUAAUGGAGAUAUUCGGCCCACCCGACCGUCAUCUGGUGGAAAGAUGCACGAGGAAGAAGCUGUUCUUUGAUUCGGUCGGCAAGCCGAGAGUGACAGUUAGCAGCAAGGGCAGGAGGCGCCGACCGAGCUCAAAGUCACUGUCACAAGCUCUGAAGUCCGAAGACGAGGCAUUCUUGGACUUCAUCGCACGCUGUUUGCGCUGGGAUCCAGACCGCAGGCUGAAGCCUCACGAUGCAGUCAACCAUCCCUUCAUCACCAACCAGCCUUUCAGUCAACGUACCGGUGGAAUACCAGAUGAAGCACGUCGUGCAGCGAGGCUGAGAAGCACUGCUGCCGCACCUGCGACGAAUGGAGGAAUACCGAGCCCGGUCAAGCGGACUCAUAUUACGACAAAUGGUACUACGAGCUCUGGGAAUGCGUUUGCACAACAACAGGCGCAAGCGCAGCAGACACCUGCCAGAGAGAGGUCACGACCACUCCCGGAAACGCCACAGACUGCUGUGCGGAAUGGCGGUCCAGUGCUCCAGCCCGGAUCUACCACUCAAGGAUCGCCUUCCAAGCGGGUGCCUGUGAAUCGUCGCGAGAGCGGCGUGCCUGUCACCAAUGUUGCACCCGUCGCUGGAGCCAAACGUGCCAACAACGGACAAGUUUCGAUAGGCAGCGCCUCGGGCAUGUCGUUUUCGCAGCGACAGACGAGCGCGAGCUCCUCUAAUACCACUAACACCACUGGAAGCCUGGCACAGAUGGCUGCACGGGAAGCGAACAAUGCCGCCGCCAGAUGGAGGAUAUGA